ACAAGAGUGUAUAUAUUCCAGUGCCACGCGAUGGUAUUGUUGAUAAUUAUCAUCAAGAGUUAUGCCCUCAUUUAAUAUAUUACCGGAGACUUGAGAUUCCAGAUUUAAUCACCGCGAGGAUUUGAGUAUAUCUACCGACCUUGAUCUGAAACAUCAUUUUUCGCAGACAAUCUCACAAAUAAAUCGUAUCGAUAUCGACCGAAGGAAGAGACGUCGUGUAGGAAAUCACAGAAGCAGAGAGGGAGGUAAGAUAAGAGGAGAUGGACAGGCCCAACAAAUCAUAUCCUGGGGGCGGUUACCAAGGCCCCAACCCCGCACCUCAUCAUUAUGGCUCAAUGGAAGGGACGGGGCAGGUUAACAACCCUGAUUGUACAGCAAGCACCAGUCCUGCUCAAAUCAUUCCAAUCGAGGUUGAAGAUGAACUCGGUGAGAACAUCUACAAAAUGUCUCCUCAUGUUCCGAUCUCGCAUGAUGAUACCUUUAAGGAAUCGAGUGCCAUUCAGGGAUUCGCCUUCAUGAAAACAGUUAGCCGAUUAAUCUAUGAAUACACCCACUUCGCCAUUUAUGCCACUCUGACCCUCAUCAUCGCUCCCAUCAUGUCUUUCGUCUGGGCCAUCUUCUUCGCCAUCGCACACAUCUGUGUCAUCUGGUUUAGUCAACCCGCGAUCAAGAUGCUGUACAUCUUCCUAAGGGUCUGCCAACUUGUCUAUGUUCCCUUCGUUCGAUUUUUCCUGGAUCCACUCUACAAGUCGCUCUCUUUGGUUUUCUCGAGUAUUCGAGGACAGUUUAGACUGCAUAGUUCGGAUGUCACGUUGAAUAUGAAAACAAUCCAGGUUUAACAGGGCUUCCACCUGUGGACGUGGGGUAAGAGUGGAUGCUGCGGACCCCCCCCCCCCC